UUUCAAUCGUCAAUGGGUCUAGUAUUUACAAUUUCAUAUUCUGUUUUUAUAAAUUUAGAUUUUAAAUAUUGUUUUAAAAUUAUCUCUCUUUAAUCAUGUUGUAGAAUUUCAAUUGACAUAAACAAUAUGGCACUUCUCCAUGCCGAGUUAACCGCUACUUGUAACGCGUUAGGAUAUACUGGAGCAGAAAAAUACUAUAUUGACCCACAGUGUAAAGAGGCUAUUCGCGAUUUAAUCAAAUUCCUGAGACGCGAUGGUGACGAUCAUGAAAUUCGUCGCUUCCUCGGGUCGGCUAACAUUGUUCAAUCUGACCUGUUGCCUAUACUCGUCGAGUAUUCCAACAAAGCCGGGCUUUUCGAUUUGGUCAUUAGGCUAUUGGUAAACCUUACUACUCCCGCCUUGUUGUUGUACAACGAACAGCCUCCUGUCGAGAAAACUCCUAGCCAAUAUUAUUUGCAAAUGGUGUUACACUUGCAGAAAUACAAACAGGCUUUUGCCGACGCCAAAGUCUGGAAAGUCAUUGUAGACAAACUGGCUGAAAUCAUGCAAGCCGAAUACCAUGAGAAAGGAGAAGAAAAAGUUUUGUCAACUGUCAGGCUGUUAAUAUUGAUCCGUAACAUACUUCAUGUUCCUGCAGAUAAUGAUGCCGAAUGUAGACCCGACAAUGAUGCCAGCCUCCACGAUCAGAUACUAUGGGCUAUGCAUCAAAGCCAGAUUAUUGAUGUCAUUAUGUAUAUAGCUUGUUCAGAUAAUGAGCAACAGUAUUAUCUUCACGCUCUAGAAAUUAUUUCGCUUAUGUUACGAGAUCAAAAUGCAGUAGAACUAGCAAACGCUUCUGUCAGCCGUACAGAAACCGAAAAGCAACGUGAUGAACAAGAACUUGUCACCGUUUUAUUACAAGAACGUAAAGAAAAAAUGGAAACUAAAAAAUAUAGCGGAUCCAGACACUCUAGGUUUGGCGGCAGGUUCGUCGUCGCCGGUAUGAAGUCUAUUGGUGACAAUGAAAUGGUUGUAUCGUCUAUGAGUUCCAACGUUAACAAAGCGUUUGAUCGAAACAAAAAACCUUUGAAGACGCCACGCAAUAGAAUGCCUCUAAAAGAAACCGGCAUCGAUCGAAAAUCUGCAUUCAGUGUUCGAUUGUUUUUGAAAGAAUUUUGUGUCGAGUUUUUACAUGGCGCUUAUAAUACAUUAAUGAAACAUGUUCGGGAAAUAUUAGUGCGUUCGAAAGGACAACCGAACGAUGAGUCAUACUACUUUUGGGCUAUGCAAUUUUUUAUGGAAUUCAAUCGCAACUAUAAGUUUGAAAUUAAACUAGUCAGUGAAACCAUGGCUUUGAACAUUUUUCAUUUCGUCCAAGAACGAAUCGAAGAUAGCCGCGAAAAAUUAAUAACCGACAAAAAGAAAAUACCUGUUUGGUCUAAACGCAUGCAUUUGGGACUGAAGGCUUACAAGGAGCUAAUGGAAACUCUUAUGGCAAUGUAUCAAAACAAAGAUACUGUUCUUCAAUCCAGUGCACGAACAAUUUUGACCAACAUAUUUUACAUGGCCGAGUACAGGGACAUGAUUUUAGGGUUGUUGAAUUUUUACGACGAAGUUAAAUUUUCUAGAGUAUACUUAAAGGAUUUAUUGGAAACUAACCAUGUUUUUAUGAAAUUGUUGGAAAAUUUGGGAAAGAAACAACGCAACUUAAUUGUACAACGCAAAGCAAAGAAGACUACUAAAAAACAUAAUAAAAAAUCUAAACCUCAAACAAAUCCAGUAGGAGACGAAGACUGCGCAUGGACUAAUAUAAGUCCUACCCUAAAAGAGAUUAUUCAGUCAAAUGAUAUUGUUAUUGAUGCGAUUGAAGCGAGACCUUAUGAUCCGAUAUCUGAAGUAUCGAUGGAUGAUCAAAAAGUUGAAGCAAUGUGUCGUAUCAGAAUGCAUUUAAGGAAUAAUCGAUUAGAACAAUCUGUCAAACUAUUGAGAGCUUCUAGAGAAGUAUGGCCAGAAGACAGUUAUUUUGGUACGUCUGGACUGAAACCGGAUGAAGAAUUAGAGAUUUUAAAACAAAUAUUCGAUGCCAAUCUCGGAGCACCAUCAGAGCACUAUGAGGAAUCUGAAAUCAAUAACCAAAACAAUGACACCGACGAAGAAGAAGAUGAUGAAGAAGAUACAAAUCAAGCUCGCUUCGAAGAAGAAAAUUUUGAAUUUAUGGAUUUGGUUAAGAGAUUUGCCAAGCCUAAAAUUCUUCAAAGCUGUUGUCAGCUGUUGAAAGAUUUUGACAAAAAUUCUAAUUACACCAAUCACGUUAUAGUAAAACUUCUUCAUCGUAUUACCUACGACUGCAAGUACGAAGCAAUGAUGUUUCAAGCAUCUGUGUUUCGUAUAUUCCAAAGAAUAUUUGUAUCGACUAAUCCGAGUCAUAAAGAGCUGAAACAUUUUACUAUAUUUAUAAUGAGAAAGUUCACAGAAGUAGCUCGUAAAAACAACAAAGUUUUUAUGGAACUUCUGUUCUGGAAAGAUUUAAAAGUAGCAUAUGAAAUCGAAGAGGGAUACAAUGAGGAACAGAAUAAUAAGAAAUUGUCAAACUGGACAGAGGAGCAAGAGGACGAGUUGCAUAGAUUGCACGAAGAAUACAUGCGUGACAUGCCUCAAGAAGAUGAGGUCACGUGGAUAUGUAAAAAUUUGAUUAGACAAGACCGUUCAAGAAUAAGUGUUUUAAAAAAACUAAAGCAACUCGGUAUUGUCACUAGGAAACUGAAACCGGGAAAAGAGUUUGCCGAAUCCGAAAUUGUUCAAAUAACGCAAUUAGUCCACGAGUUCAGAGAAGCGGCUGAUCCGAUAAACUCUAUAAUGGAAAAACUAGAAGUGAAACGGUCAAAAAAACGCAUUCUUGACAAGAUCGUGGAACUUGGUUUGGUGGGUGAUAGAAAUGAAUUAAAAAAAAAGAAAACCAAAACUUCUAAUAAAUCAGCUAAAGGCGGUGCCAAUAAUUCGAGUGACGAAAGUAAUGAAUCUGAUGACGAUGACGAAGACAGUGAUCAACAUGAAGAACACCAAGUUUAUCAUAGCUUGACGUCGUCGUAUGUAUCUAAUGCUCUAAAACAUGUAGUCGAUAACGGUAUGGAGCCAGCGUUGUUGUGGUUGAUUGAAAGCUUAGAUGAAGCUGCUGAUGAUCUGGAAGUCGACGAAUCUGAUAUACCUUUACUGCCAUUAACCGAUGAAUGUAUGACGGCUAUUAAUGAUCCGACAUUCCAAAAUGCUAUGCAGGCCAUAGGAAUACACAAACCUUCAGGUGUACAGGAAACCUAUUGGCGCAUACCGGGAAGAUGGCAGGCUAAUGACAUCCGCCAAAGAUCUGUUGCUAUUAAAAAAGUAAUUGAUGGUGAUUUUGUAACUGAACAAUCUGACAAAGUGGAAGAAAGCAGCGAUGAAGAUGUGGGUGCUACGUUUGACAGAAUAAGAAAAUCUAUGGGCCAAAGAAACGACAUAGAUAAAGAAAACUUUAAUUGCAAUUCAAAUUUAAAUGAAUCGUCUACAAAAGAAACCAAUGAUGAAGAUAAAUCAAACAAUAAGCAAAAGCAACGUUUUGUAUCUAGCGAUAGUGAAGAUGAUGGACAACAAAACAACAAAAAAGCUUCAACUACCAAAAAUGGUGUUAUGGAAAAAAGUGACGACGAUAGUGUUAGCCAUAACAGUAACGAUUCUUUAUCCGUUAAUAUCAAUAAAAAGAAGGUCAAUCGCAAGAAAAAACGCUUUAUGGACGAUAGCGAUGAAGAAAUAAUUCAGACUAUAAAUAAAACGUCUUUGGAGGACAGCGAUGAUGAGAAUAUUGUUAAAAUUAAUAAGAAACCACUACUAGACGACAGCGAUGAAGAUAUAGUUGCUACAGUUAAAAAUACAAGUUCACUAAAUGAUAGCCACGAGGAGAUAGUAGUUAGCAAAAGAAUAAUGCCGUUAGACGACAGCGAUGUGGAAGAGGAAGUAGUGGCUCCAGUUAAAAAAACAAGUCUUUUAAAUGAUAGCAACGAGGAAAUCGGAACUAGCAAGAGAAAAAUGCCAUUGGACGACAGCGACGUAGAAGAGGAAGUUGGAAUUUCAGUGAAAAAGAAUAAAUAUUUUAUAGAUGAAGAUAGUGAUUGAUUGAUUUUAACAGGUUAAGUUAUUGUUUUUUUUUU